AUGGGUCAAGUUUUGUCAAUUUGCCAUAAGAAACCUAAAAAUCGGAACGUCGAUGUUGAACAAAUCCAAAAUCGUUCCCAGCAACCCUCGACAAUAGAGAAACCAAUCCAAAACGACAUUCAUAAGCAGCAGAAUACUAAGCUCAAUUCCGGAAGAAAAUUAACAGGGACACCAACUGUCUCUAGUGGUGCUGAUUUACCACCUGCAGAGGCUGCUAGGUUGGCUGCAGAAAAAAGAAGUGAAAUACACAAAGAAAAAAUGAAAACGCGCCUUCCUAAGGCCACAUUUUAUUAG